AUGAACAAACCACAAGUACUGCAAAAAGUCCAGCAAGAACUCGACGCAGUCAUUGGGAAAGAUAACAUUGUGGAGAAGUCUCAUAUUCACCAACUACCGUACUUAUAUGCAGUGAUGAAAGAGGUUCUACGGUUGCACCCAGCCCUCCCACUCUUGAUUAAGGAGAAAGAAAUUAUGUAUAAACGAUACAGAGAAGAAGCAGAGUCUGAAAAGAUGAUGGAAGAAGAGAAGGCCUUGAAGCAAUUAAGAAGGACAUUAGUGCCCCAUGCUUGGCCGGUGCCUAAGUUCAACCACCCUUUUAUCCCACAGAAAUCUUCUAAAGAAAUCACAAAGCCGAAGUCUCCAAAAUUGAAAAUGGUUCAGAGAAAGGAAAGACGAAAAAUGUUCAGUACUGUAGCAGCUUCCAGUGCAGCCUCUCUUAUGAGGUGA